AUUUCAGUUCCGCAUUUGUAACAGUAUCGUUAUAUAUCAACACUACAGCUAUACCAGUUGAAUUACGACCCUACAUUAACUUGUACCUUGAAUCAUUUUACUUUCUUCCACUUACUCUUCCUGAUGGAACCAAGUUAACAUUUGAACAAGUUGUAUCAGAAUUGAAUAAUGAUACCGUGGAUUAUCAUUCUUCUUUAGGAGUUGGGAAAUUUUUUGAUCAAAUGAUUGUAAUUCAUAUUAAGGUUGAAGCUAGUAAUUAUGUUAAAGGUAUCCAAUGGUUACGUGAUUUACUAUGGAACACGGAAUUUACCGCUGAUAGAUUAAAGGUCAUAGCUUCGAAACUCCUUAAUGAGAUUCCAGAAGAAAAGCGUGAUGGACACGGGAUGGCAUCAGUAGUUUCAGAUUUGAUUAACUUUGAUUCCAAAUUAUCAAAUAAAUGUUCUCUUUCAUCUCUGUAUCAAGAGAGAUUUAUAAAAAAUUUUAUUAAUGAAUUGGGCAAGGACCCUGAUCAGGUUAUUCAAAGAUUUUAUCAACUUAGAGGAUUAUUGACCAAACCCGAGAAUUUUAGAAUUCAUGUUAUAGGGGAUAUUUUAAAUCUUCCUAAUCCAAAAAGUGUUUGGGCUGAACAUUUUAAGAUAAUUGAAACUUCUAAACAAUUAACACCAGUUCCUUUAUCUCAACAAGUUUUGACAGAAUAUGGAAGAAAUCCUGGGAAUCAGGGUUAUGUUGUUAAAUUACCAUCUAUUGAAAGUUCUUUUUCAGCGCAUAUAACCAAAGGUCCAUUGAGUUUCGAUUCACCAGACCUCGUACCGUUAUAUGUAUUAUGUGAAUUCUUGGAUAUUCUUGAAGGUUUAUUAUGGAUUACAAUUCGUGGUCAGGGUUUAGCUUAUGGUACUUGGUUCAAUGUUGAUGUUGAAAGUGGACAUCUCGAAUUUAUUAUUUAUCGAUCUCCCGAUGCUUUUAAAGCUUUUGAACAAGCUAGAAAAGUUGUUUUUGGUUUGGCUGAGAAGACGAUUGAUUUUGAUAAGUCUAAAUUUGAAGGAGCUAAGAGUAGUUUGAUCUUUAAACUUGUUAGAAAAGAGCAUAAUCCUACUUCAGCGGCUUCUGAGACGUUCAUGGUGCAAGUAUUAAAAAAUAUGGAUGCGAAUUAUAAUAAAGAUCAAAUAGCAAAAGUUCAGGCCGUUAAAAUUGAAGAUAUUUAUCCAAUAUUAACGAAAUAUGUAUUAAAUCUAUUUAAACCUGAAACUUCCAAUGUUGUUGCUGUUUCAACUCCUGUUAAAGUUGAGAAUUUAAUAAUCAUGAAUUUCACUUGA